AUGCAGACAUUCUCUACGCUUCAACUUUCUCAAACACCAUUAAACACUGGAACCACCAGUGACAUUCCAAUUGCAUCUGAUACCUUUAGAGCAACUAAGCGCAAAUUUGAAAAUGAUGAGAGUUCAGAAAAGCUGGAGAGAGUCAAGCGUUUUCAAAAGUCAUCGCUUUUGGAUCAAAGUGCAUUACUGAAUGCACAAUGUUUAGCAACACCAUCUUCUUAUGAUUGUAUUAAUACUAUCACCUCUAUGCCUACAUCUACAGCGACGACUCAUAAUACAACUGCCAAGAACGACAUACCCAUUUCUUUCGCGGCUUCAGGAGAAGAGGAGGAUUGUAUGAUGCUAGAAGAUGAUUCUAAUACCACAGAUGAUGAUGAGAAUUUGAAGACGCCUUCCCAUAUGGAUUGCAGUAACGAUAAUAAUGAUUAUCUGCAGUUUGACACCGGUGAUGACUUGGAGGAUGGUGGAUAUACUGGUCAGUUAGAAAGAGGCUGGCAUGAUCUAUAUAGUGAUCCUUUGCAAGCUAGGUGGAUGUAA